CUUGUCUCCCUCUCUGUCUGUUUAAAACAUUUAUCUCCUCGGCAGCUCAGAGCCUGCAGAGGGAGAGUACGCUGUCCUACAGCUGGUCUGGGAGAGGGAGGAAAUAACUUGGCAUUGCAACAGACAGACAGACAGACAGACAGACAUCCUGCAACACGUUGACUCCUGUUCUGCUAUGGAGCGCUGGGUUCUCCUCUCUCUGUCUCUCCUGGUCUACCUGUAUCUGGAGGUGGCUGGAGCUGGAGCUGGGGCCCAGGACCAGAGAGGGCUGGCUGGCCAGGGCAACGGGAGGAGGAGAGGGCCAGUGGGCGCAGAGCACAACCAGCUCCAGGGAGUAGGACUAGGACGGGGAAAGAGGAGGAAGGCAGGAGGGCCCGGGAAAGGGAGAGCCAGGGGGAACAGGGACAAUCAGAGAUCAAAACCCCCCCUGGGUCUGACGAGGCUGGGGAGUCUUCCACCCAACGCAGGAGGAGACGGAGGGACGAGGCUGGGGAGUCUUCCACACUACGCAGGAGGAGACGGAGGGACGAGGAUGGGGAGUCUUCCACACAACGCAGGAGGAGACGGAGGGUCUAUUUUCAUUGAGUCGUACAAGAGUGUUGACGAGAGAAAGUCUAACUACAAUGUAAUCCCAGGUAAAAGGGGCCAGUGUGUGUACCAGGGCAUCACCAUGUUUGAGAAAGCUGUCUGGUCCCCCAAGCAGUGUGUUACCUGUCUGUGUAGUGGAGGGGAAGUGGUCUGUGACGAGAUCCUUUGUCCCCAGCUACGAUGUCCCUACCCCUACACUCCCACUGGGGAGUGCUGUCCUGUCUGCAUGGAUACAGUUCCCAACGACCCCAGCGACCAUGUGAACCCUGACCUUGACCCCGCCGUGCCCCGCUCCCAGGCCGAGAUCGAACUCCUCUUGAAGAGAGAGGAGGAGGAGCACAGGGAGGAGGAGGCACGUCUUCUCAAGAAGGACGCUGAGAAAAAGAGGAGGAAGAAACAGAAGAAGGAGGAGGCUGAGAGACAGAGGAGUCUGCAGGAGGAGAGGAGGCUGCAGGAGGAGAGGAGUCUGCAGGAGGAGAGGAGGCUGCAGGAGGAGAGGAGGCGCGAGGAAGAGCGGCUGCAGAUGGAGAAGGAGGCAGAGAAGAGGCAGGAGGAAGCAGAGGCGGCCAUGAAGGAGCAGGAAAGGAAGCUGGAGGAGGAGAGGAGGAGACACGAGGAGGACCUGAAGGAGAACCUCAGGGAGCUAGAGGAGGAAGAAGAAGAGGAGAGGGAGCAGGAAGACAUGGAGUGGCUGUUGAGAGGAGAUGUUUUCCAGAUCUUUCCAGAGGAGCCGACCGAAGAGGACCUCCUUACACCUCCCCUAGCCGAGCCCACUGAGAAACAAGAGGAGGAUGGAGGAGAGGAGUGGGGAGUGGUGGCACACAGACCUGGGAACACCCUCCCGUUAGGUUGUGAUAUCUCUGAUGUCAUCGUGACGUGUGAGAACGCUCAGCUGACCAACUUCCCUCCCCUGAACAUCCCUGAACUCAAGUCUCUGAGCCUGGAGGUAUUUAACAACACUAUAACAACCAUCCCAGUGGGGGCAUUCAAUGGUAUCCCCAACCUGGAGUGGAUUAACCUGAGCAAGAACAAACCUCUCUCUGCUGGCAUUGGCCUAUACUCCUUCAAAGGCCUGAAGUUCCUGAGCCGUCUAUUCCUGGACAACAACCUCCUAGAGACGGUUCCAACAGAUCUCCCAUCAACACUACAGGAACUCAAGAUCAACGAGAACCACCUCAAAGGCAUCGAGGAGAACAGCUUCCAAGGUCUGAGUAGCCUGUUGAUCUUGGAGUUGGAGGGAAAUGUCCUGAACGAAGGGACCGUGGAUCAUCAAGCUUUCAGUCCCCUCUCUCAGCUCUCUUACCUCCGUCUGGGCAGAAACCACUUCAGGACCGUCCCCCAGGGCCUGCCUCCAUCUCUACUGGAGGUUUAUCUUGAGAACAACCUGAUAGAAGAGAUAUCCGACUGCGUCUUCAACCAAUCCACUAACCUGAACGUGAUCUCACUGAGACACAACAGACUGGAGGAGUCCAGGAUAGCACCUCUAGCAUGGAUCAACCACAAGAACCUGGAGUCCAUAGACCUGUCCUACAACCGUCUGUACCUGGUCCCAUCCUACCUGCCCAGAGCUCUGGUCCACCUGGUCUUGGUAGGGAACCAGAUUGAGAGAAUACCAGGGUUUGUGUUCGCCCACAUGGAGCCGGGGAUAGAGCACCUGUACCUGUCCCACAACAAGCUGGAUGGGGAGGGAGUGGAGCCACAGUCCUUCUUGGGCACCUACGCCUCCAUGACGGAGCUGUGUUUAGACCACAACCAGCUCAUAACGGUUCCCCCUGGUAUCAACCAGAUGAGCACUCUGCACUUCCUCCACCUCAAUAACAACAGAAUCAGGACCUUUGCUGAGGAUGCCAUCUGUGACCCUGAGAACAACGAGGACUCCCACAUCGUGAUGCUGCGUCUGGAGAACAACCUCAUCGACCCCAGAAAGAUCUCCCCCGUCGCCUUCUCCUGCGUACGCUCUUACUCUAGCGUCGUCUUGAAACCUCAGUGGACCAAGUAACAGGAUUUGAAAAACUGUGUGGCAGAAUUGCCAAAACAGAUCCCCCUUCUUCCUAGGCACCCCUGUAGAUCUGAAAGGCUGGGAUAGGUGGAAACAAUAUGGCGACAUUUCCACACAGCCAAUCACAAGGCAAGAGGAAGCAAUUAUCCUUAUCCUCUCAGAUCAACAGAGCCUGGAAUUCAGCCGCUGUUAUUUUAGCAAAAAAAAUCCAAAACCAAAAGAAAUUGUCAGUGAAAUCACCAAAAACAAAAACUCCAAACUGUAUCUCAUUGUUAGAGUCAUGCAACACAAUUCAUAUCAACGACUAUAGGACAGAGACAGAGACACAGAGAGAGAGAGAGAGAGAGAGAGAGAGAGACUGUUAGGAAAAUACACCUUCCACUCCUGGUUUUCCAUCUUCUAAAACUCAAUGGAUGGAAACAUUCUUGGGAAGUGAGGCACAGCUUCUUGGACUUGUUCCUAAAAACCUUAAUUUAAAAGAUUGAAGUGUUUGAAAAAUACCUCCUAGUAGAGUUAACCUCAGCAUGAUCUGGUCUGCAUCCCAAAUUGCAAGCUAUUCCCAUAUAUAUAUAUAUAUAUAAUAGGGUGCCAUUUGGGAUGUAGAUCUGGUGUUCGAGGGGUACAGAUGAGGAUGUAACAUGUCUAUAGAUGCCCUUUCAGUCCUAUUCUGUGAUUAAUUUUUUUGGGGUCCCUAGUUUGAGACGUUGCUUCAGAUUACGUUCGCUUGACGUUCCCGACAGAGAGAAUAUAGAUGGAUCAACUAAACAACACGCGUCCUCAAGUAAGCACAGAAAUAUAAAUAGAACCAUCUUUACCAGUCAAAUUGCCAGGGUUAGAGGUUCCAAGCCCGUUCUAUAGAUUGUAUUUCUAUGUCAAGCAGCGGGUCAGGAUCUACGAUAAGGAGAUGUGAUGUAUAUAGGGAUAGUAAUAAUAAUAAUCAGUAUGUUUUACAUAUGAUAUUGCUUUGCCCUCAACUGACUUAUUUCACGAGUCAUUCUAUAAAGGAACUAUACUGUAGAAUGAAAACUCUUACAAUAGUUUUCAGUGUUUGAACUCUGUCUUCAACACCACGUGUACAUGGCUGGCUAAAGAUGUAAAAGUGGGGAUUGUGAAUUUAUAAAAAGCUACAUUUGAGAAUUGCAUUAUCGACAAGUUCAUACAAAGUGCAAGUACAAUUUUUUUUUGUUCCUACCUGUACAAACACACGAUGUCAGAACGACUCAAAUAAAGCUUUACUUUGUUACGAUUCAAAUAA